AUGCAAACGGCACUGGGGGACACUUGGAACCAUAACAUCAGCUCUUAUAACCUGUCCUCUACGGACCCAGACCGCUUCAGCAGCCUGGAGGACAUAGAUAUGACCGCGGACGGCAGUCCAGCGCUUCGAAUCAUGAUAUCAAUCGUGUAUUCUGUGGUUUGCGCAGCGGGUUUGGUGGGGAAUUUGUUAGUCGUUUUCUUAAUGAAAGUGAGACAAGGAAGGAAAAGGUCCACCAUACACUUUUUUGUUCUUAAUCUGGCCAUGACAGACUUCCAGUUUGUCCUGACCCUGCCUUUCUGGGCUGUGGACACUGCUCUGGACUUCAGCUGGCCGUUUGGGAACGCGAUGUGCAAGAUAAUUCUCUCCGUUACUGUAAUGAACAUGUACGCGAGUGUGUUCUUCCUCACUGCUAUGAGUGUUACGCGCUACUGGUCGGUUGCCUCGGCUCUAAAGGACCGCACCAGACACAGAUAUUGUUCGGUGAGAUGGGUGAGCGCAGUGCUCUGGGUUUUUGCCACUGUGGCCACAGCUCCAACGGCUAUUUUCUCCAAUAUGACAAACAUCGCUGGGGAGAAGCUCUGCCUUUUGCGGUUCCCGGAGGGCCAGCACUGGCUGGCUUUAUAUCACUUACAAAAAAUCAUAAUUGCCUUUAUUUUACCCAUGCUCAUAGUAACAAUUUGCUAUUUGAUGCUCCUGCGAUUCGUUCGCCUGAGGAGUAUGAACAACAACCAUCCUAAACGGAGUAACAGAGUCACUAAAUCCGUUACCAUUGUGGUUCUUUCAUUCUUUUUGUGUUGGAUGCCAAAUCACGCCAUCACUUUCUGGGGCGUCCUGGUCAAAUUUAAUGUGGUGAACUGGGACAAGUCUUAUUAUAUGGUUCACACCUAUGUUUUCCCCGUGACCGUGUGCCUGGCACAUGCCAAUAGUUGCUUGAACCCAGUGUUAUAUUGUCUCAUGCGAAGAGAGUUCAGGAAAAUGCUGAAGGAUUUAUUCUGGCGGAGCUCUCCUUCCUGGAGAGCCACCAUCCUGUGUCGCUACUCUUCCCCAGUGUAUUAA